AUCACACAGACCUUUUGGGUCCCUCGCUUGAAUUGUGUCUUUAUCCAUACCUUACCUUUUUGUCCUUGUGUCUUCUUCUCCCACCUUUUUCUUUGUCAUUUUCAUGUCUACCUCUUACAGUUCGGCUCCAUCAUCAACUUCAUCAUCUUCGUCUUCCUCCUCAUCCCAUGACGGAAAUGGAAACGACAGUGCCAAUGCAGCUGGUCCUAGCAGUGUACGAAGAGGUGGUGAUCUCGAAGAGCCAUCCUCCUCCAGACGACGUUCCGUAAACGAGGUCUGGCCUGAGCCUUUUGUGGAAGCCCUCGCUGCCCAAGUUGCCAUUGAAGCCUCUCGCUCCGUCGGACGACUUGCGGCUGCUCCAGCCCUUGCUAAUGUGUUUCAGGUUUGUUCGACGUGGCGCGCCGUCUCGCGCUCCGACCUUCUCUGGCGUCGCCUUACCCGCCGUAUCUGGGGCCGGACAAUUCUCCUUCGCGACAGGUGGCGAGACGAGUACGUCUACUGGCAUCGGACGGCCACAAACUUCCGAACCCGGAGGUCCACCCACACGACCCUCCACUUCGAUCCGUCCGACGUCGAAGACCCCGACGGCCUCACCUGCCGAUGCCUCACCCUCUCCGACGCCCAUCUCGCCUGCGGCUUCGCCGACGGCACCGUCCGCCUAUUCAACCUUGCCACUCGCCUGCAUGUCAGCACCUUCCGGCCCCAUCCCCGCGACCGCCUCGGCCGAUUCUCCCGCGCCGUUACCGGCAUCGUCAUAACAGACACCGCUCUCACCUUCGCAUUGCUGGACGGAGACAUCCACGUAGCGAUCAUCAACGGCCCGCAGAUCACUCGUAGGGCCCACUUGGGCGACGUGGUAAAUGAUGGGGUUUUGGUUGAUUUCACUGGAUCCGAAAGAUGGUGGGUCGGGCUCUAUGCGGGUGUUCCGGGUCGGGCGUUUCACAUUUGGGAUUGUUUGACUGAACAGUUGACUUUCGUCGGCGGGACAUUGACGGAUCCGGAGGCCGUGAUGGGGUGGCACAUGCUAACGGAGAUGACCGAGUUCGUAGGCCGAGUCCGAGUCACGAGUCACGAAACGGCCGUGGCGUGCACGAGCGUGCGCGUGAUUGUCUUCGAUCUGAGGAAUCAAGGGUUUGUGUUGAGCGAGGAGGAGUACAGGAGAGGGAUAAUUGUGACUGCGGCUGAUGUGAGCCGUACGGCGUUCGUUAUAGUGGGGAGGAGGGGUUUGGCUAGCGUGCGCCGGACUGACACGCUGGAGGAGGUCUGUAGGUUUAGCGUGACUAGGGCGUCGCAGAUGGCGGUGAUGGGGUGCAUGAACGAAGUGUACGCGCUAAUGUGCGGCGGUGGGGUGGUGAGGGUGUGGGAGGGGGAGAGAGGGGCCUAUCUGUACAGUUUCAUGGAGAUGAUUGAGGAAGUCAACGCUUUCGUAUGCGAUGAACGACAUGUCGCAGCGUGUUCCGGGGGUACGACGCUGCACCUUUGGGACUUUGGUGCAGCAGAUUGAUUAGUGUAGGGGGUUAAACAUAACUUUGGUAUAGAGUAAAUGUUAGAUUUAUCAGACAUUAGAGUAUCACAUAUGAAAUGUGAUAAUGUAUUUGAUUAAAAUUGAAUGAGAUAGAGUCAUUGA